AUGAUAACGGCAAGGAAGCAUAUCAUGUUUAUAGCUAUCUUGGCAGUAUGGUGGGAAGGCCAGGGUCAGUUGGCUCCACUCUUCGACAUGAUCAUAGCACAGGAUGGAUCAGGAGAUAUCACUACUAUCACCCAAGGAAUAUCAUCAGCUCCGAGCUUCGGUUCAAGCCGGUUCAGGAUAAAAUUAUGUGCAGGUAUUUACAAUGAGAACAUUGUCAUUAACAAGGAGAAGACCGAUCUGACAAUCAUUGGGGAAGGGAUGGAAAGAGGUAUUAUCACAGGCAGCAGGAGUUAUGGUGAUGGCAUGAAAAUAUUCGAGACUGCAACAGUUGAGAUAAAUGGUGAUGGCUUUGUUGCUUCUGGUAUAACUUUCCAGAUUACUGCUGGCCUUGAAAAAAAGCAGGAUACACUUAAUGCCGAAAGAGGGUACCAGUUUUUCAGGGAGUGCGAGAUUUAUGGGAUGGUGGAUUUCAUUUUCGGUGAUGCAGCUGCCGUGUUCCACGGGUGCUACAUAUCCACUCGGAAGCCACUCGCUGGGCAAUCAAACACCGUGAUGGGCCAAGGACGAGAAGUUUCCGUGGGACAAGGUGGGCUUCGUGAUCCGCAUCUGCAUAAUUGGUGCAACUUCGGAACCUACUUGGGAAGGCCUUGGAGAGAUUGCGCUAGGACCAUUGUGAUGCAGAGUUACUUGGACGACUGUAUUGAUCCACGAGGAUGGUUGUAA